GUGGCAUUCGUCGUGCGGAAGCACUCCACGUCCGUCGAUGGUCGUCGCUGGAGGCCCUCAGUCAGGUAGGAAGAGAGAUCAAGGCUUCCUCAGAGGCUUUGGGGUUUGCGAAAUUUUGCUGGAGAGGGGGCUUGCUAUGGCGUCCGGCAUGCUGCGCUGCACGCACCUGGCAUUGUCAUCGAGGGUUCAAGGACUCGCGCAUUUCAAUCGAGGAGCACGUGGGAAUUCCGAUGGAUCCUUGGCGUCGGAGCGCGCUACUCAAUUCUCGAAACUGUCACUGCCGAGGUCACCGUCGCCUGUAGUUCCAUUCCCCGAGUGUCAGGGACAAACUUCACCUCUGAAUACCGGGAGGUUUGGGUCUGUUGAGCUUAGCCGUCGUGGUACUCGAAGCAUGGCGAAGGAUCCGGGAACAGAAUUACAAGCCCUUAGGGGCAACGGUUCAGGGAGUAUAUCACAAUUGGAGCUCGAAUCGUCUGGGAAUCCGAAGAAGAAGGCUUCUUUUAAUGGAAUUUUUACCCUUCUGCUAAUUAAUUUCGUGGCAUUUGCUGCCGAUCACUGGCUUAAGUUGCCUUUUGUAAGAUCUCUAUACCUGUAUCACGACUUCCCACGCUGGUAUCAGUUUUUCACAUCAACAUUCAUUCAUGCGAGCUGGGCCCACCUUUCCAGCAACCUCUUCUUCUUGUACAUAUUUGGGAAGCUUGUGGAGGAAGAAGAAGGAAGCUUUGCAGUUUGGUUAUCUUAUAUUUUUACAGGUGUUGGUGCGAAUUUGGUCUCAUGGUUGAUAUUGCCCCGCACGGUAGUGUCAGUGGGCGCCUCCGGGGCUGUAUUUGGCCUGUUCGCUAUUAGUGUGCUUGUCAAGCUGAGCUUUGAUUGGCGCAAGAUACUGGAGGUUCUUAUUUUGGGACAGUUUGUGGUGGAUAAGGUGAUGGAAGCAGCACAAGCUUCAACGCAGUUGGCAGGGAGGACUUUCAUGGGAGCAUCAAAUAUCAACCACAUCGCUCAUCUAUCCGGAGCUCUUGUUGGGGUACUACUCAUUUGGUUGCUGAACGGUAUAUCACAUCUGGCAGACAAGCCAUCGAGCAAGUAAAGCUGCUCGUAAGGCCGAAUCCUAGUCAUUUAUUUCGACGUUACCACUUCUUGUUCAACAUUCAUGGCACCAAUCUUAGUUGAAGUGAAUUAUUGUUUGUAUCAAGUUCUCAGUUUGAUCCACUAAUGCAGUCAACUAGUGUAUCCCAGGUUUGCCCUGGAGGUGGGCAGUGUAAUUAAUUAAGCAUUUCUGUAACCCUGCAAUUGAUCACUUAUUUC